CGUCAUGGUGAUAAGGGGAGCAUUUUUAGUUGAGUUCUAGCCCGAAGCUCCACACUUUCUGGUUAGCAGUGAACCUAGCAACUUCUGCUCCUCCUGCGGGAAAAAGUAUACCUUACUGAUAAACAUGGCCAAUCAGGGACCUGCUUUCGGACUUAGUAGGGACAUUCGGAACAAGAUUGAGAAGAAGUAUGAACCUGAACUGGAGGAGCGGCUAGUGGAGUGGAUUAUUGCUCAGUGUGGGGCGAGUGUGGGGCGACCUGAGCCAGGAAGAAUGGGGUUCCAAGCUUGGCUUAAGGAUGGCACAGUACUGAGUCUCCUGAUUAACAGCCUCUACUCAGAGGACAAGAAACCCAUUAAGAAGAUUCAGGACACGGACAAAGCUUUUAAACAAAUGGAACAGGUGUCACAGUUUCUGAAGGCAGCUGAAAAUUAUGGAGUCAACAAAACUGACAUUUUCCAGACUGUGGAUCUAUGGGAGUCGAAGGAUAUGGCUGCUGUUCAGAGAACCCUCAUGGCUUUGGGAAGUAUUGCCGUAACAAGGAAUGAUGGGCAUUACCAUGGUGAUCUAAACUGGUUCCACAAGAAAGCACAAGAAAAUAAGCGAGAGUUCACAGAAGAGCAACUGGCCCAGGGAAAGAACAUUAUUGGUCUGCAGAUGGGAAGCAAUCAAGGAGCGUCACAGGCUGGGAUGGUUGGCUAUGGACAAGCCAGACAGAUUAUUAGCUAAAUAACAAUACUGAUGGAUCUUUCUCUUCUUUUUUUCCUCUCUCUAAAGCAUGAAUUUAUCUUUUUUUUUGAAGUCAAUGAUCCAAACAGCUCAUAACACUAAACCUUCCAUGACCUAAAUUGUGAGAUAGACAUGAGUAGUGGUUAUUUAUUAUUUGGCAGUUUUAAAAUAAAUGCAUUUCUUACAACAGUUUUGUGUUUUUAGACCCCUUUUUGGAUAUGGGCUGUAAUUUGGAAUUAUUUGCAAGACAAAAAAAAAUCUACAUACCCACUCUGGGUUGCCAAGGACUGUAUGUCACAUGGCUAACUUGUCAUUUCAACCAUCUUUGUGAAAUUGUGCAAGUGUAAUAGAGCAUGUUGGCAAAGCUUAUUGUUCAUAUGGCUUAACCAGUCUGCUUUGUUUUUUUUUGUCACUGUUGAUCUGCUUCGUUACUAAAAAUGUACGUUAUGUAUUUCUUAAAAAAAAAAGAAGAAACUACACAAUGUUUGAAACCAGUCAUCACCAUUUGAAAGGCAUUUGAAUAAGUGAGCAAAACAUGAAUUUCAAUAAACUAAUAAAAAUUUAAAUGUUUUCUGUGUAAAUGGCCAAAGGAAUUCAAAGCAAACUAGUGAAAUGAUUACAUUGCCAUUCCAAUGACGUUUUUUUUAUUUUUUAAAAAUUGUUUUUUGUUGUUUACUUUGCGUUUGAUGGUUACCUUCCAAAAUUCACCCUCUUGCUCAUCAUGGACACUGUGUGUGGGGUGGUUGUUUACUUGCUGGUAAACUCUUUGAUUUCCAAAAAUUGUCCAUGUUUACUAUUAGAAGUGAAAUAUUUUAACGAUAACUUGCACAAGGAGUGGGGAAAGAAAGGACGACUUGCAACAUGCAACUCUGAUGCUAAGCAACAACUGUAUCUGUUGGGAGCAGUAAAUGACUGUGUGUAGAAUUAGUGGGGCUAAUUUUUAAAGCAGAUUUCCUGAUGGAAUGGAUCCAUUUAUGGUCAGAAGUGCAAGUUUCUAAAACAAAUCUUGUAUAAAAUGUCCUCUUUUGAAAAUUACUCUAAGUCUGUUGUACAUUAUUUUUGUUAAACAAAUUCUGAAUCUUUUAGCCCUAAAUUUUGUACAUUUGUCAUUUGAAACCAUAACAACUUAAAUAAAAGUUUUGAGAUGGAGAA